UUUUGUUGCCAAAAGCAGGCCGACUCGAUUAUUUUGAUACAGUUCAGGAAUAGAAUCGAAAACUAAUUAAGGUGAUUGUUCAUUUAAUUUCGAAUCAUCAAUAAUUUGUUCAAACUAUCUAUGAUUGCAAUUGAAUAGAAUUCUUUAAUGUUCAUGAAAUUCUUUAACAAUAAAACGUUUGUUAUCAAAUACAAUGGAUAAAACGACCGAAGUUAACGAAGCUGAUGAAGAAUCAUUGUCUCAAAUAAAACGAAAGCCAAUCAAAUUGGCUAGUCAGGUCGUUGUCAGCAAGCCUGUAUCAUCAUCGAAUCGAAAUUCAUUUUCCCGACAUAAUUAUGAUGGACAUAGCCGGUAUUCUGAACCUGAUGAUGACGAUGAAGUAGAUUCAGAUGAUCGUGAAUUGGAUGCCAUUCUCAAUGAUCACGAUGAUGAUUCUCUUGAUGAUGAUAUCGAUAUCAGACGCCAACAGCGACGCCGGCGUCCUUCGAUUGAAAAUGAUCAUUACCGAUCUGAUGAAGAAGAUUUAGAACCAAAACGUAGACGGACAACUAGCUUAUCAAACAAUACUGAUACUUAUAAUAAUCAUCAACAUCAUGGAAUAUCUGAAAAGUAUAAUAGUCGUUUUCAUCACGAUCGCUCUAAUCGAACACCAUCAGUCGAUCAUAAUAUUAGACAUCGUUCAGCUUCGAUCGAUAAAUAUGAUCGUUAUGACGAUGAUCAAAAUUAUUCUUAUCAUCAUCGAAGAAAAAAAGACCGUAGCAGAUCCAAAUCAAAUGAUCGAAAUUAUCGUUCUAAAAGUAUGGAUCAAAAUGAUCGAUAUAAAGACAUUGAUUCUAAGUCCAGAUUGCCAACAGAUUCGAAACAAUCAACAUCAGCAAUUGUUUCAAAAAAAGAAUAUGAAACAAAGUUAUUGAGUGGUGAUAAAGAAUAUCAUAAUAAAAUUGCCGAUCUUCGCAAUGCUUUGAAAGAAAUAAGCCGCCCGGACCAACGUAAAUGGGUUUAUGCCAUUGACGAUGCAAAUCCUGUACCAUUAAAAAUAGAAAAUGAUCCUCGAUGGAUUUAUUCAGAAAAAAUUUCCGAAGCUGAUGUGAAAAAAUUAAUAAGUCAAAGAUCACUUGAAUUAACUGGAGAAAAUAAAGUGAUUGCGAAAAAAUUUUCAGCUUAUAAAAUAGUCGAUGCCGAAGUUGAUAAAGUUGAUAUUAAUGAUACUGAUGUAGAGAAGCCGGUCCUUGCCAUCGGUCCAAAACAAAAUGAACCUAAAUUGAAGUUAUCAAAAUCGACAAACGGAAAAAAUCAGAAAUUAAAAGCCAAAAAACAAAAUCAAGAUCCCGAAUCUCAAUUCUUCACUUUGAAUUUGAGAGACGAAAAAGAAGAGGAAGAAGAAUUUGAUGGUAUUGAUUAUGAAUCUUUGUCGAAAAAAUUGGCACAAAAAGAUGCCGCGGCUCUUCGUCGAGCAAUGGCUGAAAAAUGGAAAAAGAUUGUAGACGAUGAAGAACGAGCAGUCGCUUUGGCUGCUCAAAAAGAACGUGAAAAAUUGAAUCAAAAAACUGCGACAGUACCAAAAUCAAAGGAUAUUAAACCAGUAAACAGUGUUAAAGACAAAGAAAAAGAAGUUCAGGAAAAAGAAAAAGAAAAGCUUACUGAAUUGGAAGUGAAAACUUUUGCUGGCGAAAGCCUUGUUGAUAAAGUGACAUCGAUUCGAGAACAAGCAAAACGUGAAUUGGAAGAACUUGAACAGCUGAUGCGUCAAAGAGCAAUUUUGAUGGCUAAAUUAAAUUCCGAAAAAUUCGAAGAAGGUGAUGAUGCCGAAAUGAUAAAUAUUGAUCUCAAGAUAAAAUCUCAUUCUAAAGAUAAAAAAUAUGUUGGUGAGGAUUCUUUACUUAUUGAAAGUUCAAAUCCUAUAUCUAAUAUAAGUAAUAACAAAGAUAGCCAUACUGAUAAAGAUGAAAAAUCCAUUGAUAACAAUCAUAAGGAAAAUAAAUCCGGUGGAGACAGUGAUGAAAAUGAUGGACACCGCAAAUCCAAACAUAAAAAACAUAAGAAGCAUAAGAAAAAAUCAACUUCGCAUUCACGACGCAAACAUCAUCAUCGUAGUCGUUCAAAAGAAUCGUAUGACGAAAAAGAUGGUCCCAAAAUUUCACAUGAUCGUUAUGAACGCGACCAUCGACGAAGGGAUCCUGAUUAUCGGUAUGAUUAUGAUGACAAAAAUGACAAUAGAUAUCGUUAUGAAGAUCCUCGUUAUGUUCGUACCGAGCAUCAACAUAAUCGUAAUAGACGAGAUUAUUAUGAAGAACGUUCAUCAUCAUACCGUGAUCGUUAUCGUGAUGAUCAACGUCAUCAUCGUGAUGAUAUCGACUCUUUUCACCAUCGUUCUACAAGAGAAGGUCAUGGUGAAACUCACCGCGAUUAUUAUCGGGAUGAUCAUUAUCGAGAUGAUAGGGAUGGUAACGUCGAGGAUUACAAAUAUCGAUCAACCAGAGAUUAUCGAGAAAAAGAAGAGUCUAGUCGCAACAAUUUAAGGGAUUCAUAUCGGCAUCGUUCAAUUGAUCGAAAUCGAUCAUCAGACUAUUACGGUUCCAAAUCUAAUCGCGAUCCCCAUUUGCCGACAUCAUCUCGAUCUAAUCGCGAUCAUUUUCCUCAAAAUAGCAAUGGUCGAAAACGUUCUUCGAUAUCAAGAUUCGAUCGAGCCAAAGAUCGAAGUUCGUCAUCAUCAGAGGACGGAGCUGAUGAUAUCGAUAUCAAAGAUUUAGACGAUGAAGACAACGAAGAGAAAGAAAUUGAACGUCGUAGAAGGCAGCGACAAGAACUCUUAAAAAAAUUACAAUCGACCAAAACAAGUUCUUUAGAUGAAACAUCAAAUGAACGGACCAAUUUUUCGAAUACAGUUGUUGGCGGUGAUGAUUCCACGUCCAUGACUUGUAAAUCUGACGUGAAGAUUCAAGGCCCAACUACAUUCGAAUCUAUAUUAAAAAAUAAUACACAACAUCAGAAUGAAGAUAAAAAAGAAUUACCACCAAAAGCAAAGCGUAAGCAAUUUGACAUGUUUGCCGAUGAAAAAGAUGAAUUCGAAGAUCCUGUUGCACGAUUACAUCAAUUCGGACACAUAGAUGACAAUACAUCUGCAAAUCAACAUUCUCGAAAUCAUCAAAACAGCCAAUCACAUUUGAUUGACAAUUGGGAUGAUUCAGAAGGAUAUUAUCGUAUAAGAAUUGGUGAAAUGUUGGAAAAUCGUUAUUCCGUUUAUGGGUUCACUGGGCAAGGUGUCUUUUCUAACGUUGUUCGUGCACGUGAUAAAAACAAAGAUCAACAGGAUGUUGCUAUUAAAAUUAUUCGAAACAACGAAGUAAUGCAUAAAACUGGUUUGAAGGAAUUGGAAAUGUUGAAAUGUUUGAAUGCAGCUGAUCCAGAUGAUAAAUAUCAUUGUCUUAGGUUAUAUUCAUCAUUUUAUCACCGACAGCAUUUAUGUCUUGUGUUUGAACCAUUAGCCAUGAAUUUACGAGAAGUACUGAAAAAAUAUGGCAAAGAUGUUGGUCUUCAUAUCGAUGCCGUACGGUCUUAUGCUCACCAAUUAUUUCUGGCUUUGCGGUUAUUGAAGAAGACAUCUAUCUUGCAUGCCGAUAUAAAACCAGACAAUAUCUUGGUCAAUAAUAAAAAAACUGUUCUAAAACUUUGUGAUUUCGGUUCAGCAUCAUAUCUCCGAGACAGUGAAAUAGCACCAUAUUUGGUUAGCAGAUUUUAUCGAGCACCAGAAAUCAUUCUUGGCUUACAAUAUGAUCAUGCUAUCGAUAUGUGGUCGGUCGGAUGUACUUUAUUUGAAUUAUACACUGGUAAAAUUAUGUUUUCUGGCAAAAGUAAUAACCAAAUGCUGAAGUAUUUUAUGGAUUUACGAGGAAAAUUUUCGCAUCGUAUGAUUCGAAAAGCAUCGUUCCGUGAUCAACAUUUUGAUUCUGAUUACAAUUUUCUCUAUCAAGAUAUUGAUCGAGUUACUGAAAAGGUGAAAAUAGUUACCAUAACGAAUAUACAAGCUAGCCGUGAUCUUCAAUCCGAAUUAAUGGCUGGUCAACAAUUAAGCGAACCAUUGUUCCGCAAAGUUGGCCAACUAAAAGAUCUGUUGGACAAGAUUUGUGUCCUUGAUCCUACACGUCGUUUGACUCCAUCACAGGCUUUAAUGCAUCCUUUCAUAUCGGAAAAAUUGUAAUUGUUUCAAUACCAUAUUAUGCUAGGCGUUUCAUUAUAUCUUUUUUAAUUUAUAUUUCUUUACUUCGCGUUCUAUGUACAAAAUGAAAAGGGUUUUGAAUUA